AUGCUAAAUAUAUUUAUACCCAAUACUUUAUUACAUUCAACUAAUUAUAAUAAUAAUAAUCCAUCAAAUGGAGAUAAUAAUUCAAAUAAAUGUGAAUUAAUUGGUACAUUUUCAUUAUUAACUCAAGCAUUAUUAGGAUUAUUAUGUUUAUCAAGUUUAAUUUUAAAAAGAUUUUAUGAAUAUCCAAUACGACGUACUUGGCCUGUUUGGAUAUUUGAUGUUAGUAAACAAUUAAUUGGUGCUUUAGGAGUUCAUAUUUUUAAUAUUAUAUUAUCUGUUUUAAAAACUGCACCGGAAAUACUAGUAAAAAUAAAAGAACAAAAUGGAGAUGAUAAUAAUAAUAAUGAUACUGAUGAAGAUAAUGCUUGUGAUUGGUAUUUUUUAAAUAUGGUAUUAGAUUGUACAAUUGGAGUUUAUAUAUUAUAUUUGGUUUUCACAAGUUUAAAUUAUAUAUGUCAAAAUUAUUUUAAUAUAACUCAAAUUAAAAGUGGAGAAUAUGGUAAUAUAAAUAAACCAAGUUUUAAAGCAUGGUUUAAACAAUUAAUUAUUUAUUUUACAAGUUUAAUGAUUACUAAAAUUAUAUUAUAUUUAUUUGUUGAAAUAUUUGAAAUUCAAUUAAUUUGGAUUACUUCACAUAUUUUAUUAAGUUGGUUAGAUGAAUUUUCAAAUGAAUUUGAAAUUUUCAUUGUUAUGUUUAUAAUUCCCAUAUUAUUAAAUUGUUUACAAUUAAUAUUAAUUGAUAAUUUUUUGAAAAAUAAAAUUUGGUUUAAUAGUAAUAAAUUAUUAAAAUUAAAAUAUCCAAAUUUUGAUAAUGAUAGUGAAAGUACAAGAAGAAGAGAAAUUAAUAAUAUUUUAGAUGAUGAAGAAAGAAUUGAAAAUCAAGGGAAUAAUUCAAGUGAUUCUGAGAAUAAUGAUUUAAAUAAAAAAUAUGGUUCAACUAAUGAAUAA